AUGGAGACAAAUCCAAGAAAUAGUAAAAUUAAACAACAUAUUGAUGUUUAUGGUACAUGCAAAGAAUGUCAAUCUCCUAAAACUAGCGCCGAAUGGUGUAGAAAAUGUAAUUCAGACCGAUUUCGUGAAAGCUUUAAUCUUUGGAGCAGUGGAAAUAAGGACAUUGAUAAUUUCAUUUCGACUGCUCAAUUGAACGCGAUUGGUUGUUCCCAAGUUUUAGAAUGGAUCCCUUGGGAAAGAUUCUCAAGGAUUAAACAUGUUGGGUUAGGACGUUUCGGUUCUACCUAUUCUGCUUCAUGGAUAGAUGGUUAUAUUACUCAUUGGGAUAAUAGAAAAGGAAUCUGGGGGCGUUGCGAUUCUGGAACAAAAUUUACUUUAAAAAUUAUUCAAAAUUCUUCAAGUAAUAUUUCUGAUUUUCUUAAUGAGUUAAUAUCUCAUAAAAAUGGCCGAAGUGGUCUAAUAAGAUGUUAUGGAAUCACUCAGCAUCCUAUCACACGAGAUUAUGCGCUAGUAAUUCGUUGUCUAGAAAGUGAUUUUAGGAGCCAUUUAUAUAAAAAAGUACCUUUUCCAGAACAUGAUUGGAAAACGAAAUUAGAAAUUAUUGCCGAUAUUGCCUUGAUUCUCCAUCGUAUUCAUGAAUCAGAUUCAAUUCAUAGAAAUUUUCAUACGGGAAAUAUAUUAAGGCAAAUGAAUUCGAUAAUAAUUACAGAAUUAAAUAUGCCCAACAUGGGUGAUGACUCUCCAACAAUAUCACAUGCUAGUGGAGGAAUAUAUGGUGUGCUUCCUUACAUCGCACCAGAAGUAUUACGCGGUGGACCAUUGAAUAAAGCUUCUGAUAUAUAUAGUUUAGGUAUAAUUAUGUGGGAAGUUGCAACUCAACGACCACCUUUUGAUCUUAAUGCACAUAAUAAAUUUUUGGCUCAAAGAAUUUGUUGUGGGCUUAGACCCCAUAUUGAUCAAAAUAUGCCAAAAUCUUUGGCCAAAUUAAUUAAAAGGUGUUGGGAUGCAAAUAUAGAAAAUCGUCCCGAGGCUGAAGAAGUUUAUAUUUGGGUGCAAUGGUGGUUGGAUCUAUGUAAUGAUUCUGCAUCAGAUAUCGCUGCUGAAUUUAACAUCGCUGACCAAGAAGGAAAAUUAAAAGAUGGUCUAUCAUGGAUACAUCCAGAAACUAUUUAUACUUCACGAUAUUUAGAAUUUCAAAGUUUACCAGAACCUGAAAAUUUUUCUCCCGAUACUUACCAUCACAUGGUUGCUUUCUGUGCAAGAAUUCACCAUUCAGACGAUCUUGAUUGCCAUUUAGAUUCUGAAAUUACAGACAUUUUUGCCUUUAAUUCACAAUUUUCUCGUCGGCCGUCAACUUUUCUUGACGGUUCAAGUGCUUCUACUCCAACCAAUACUUCAAAAGAAUCAUUACUAUAUCGUAUGCCUGGCGCUUAUAUAGGUAGUGUUUCGGACAGUAUUGACACUUGGAAAGGUAAUUAA